CUUAGCACGCGCGGCUAAGGUGAUCAGUGUUUUGUUCAAGCGAGUCUUGACUUGCAAGCAAAGUAGUUGGGUUUGUUUUCACUGAGUGGAUAAUUUUUUGUUUCGCUUGUGUCAUCGUCACCAAGCAAAAUAGUUGUCACCCUAGUUAGCCCCCAAAAGAAAUGCUGCUCAUCUUCCACAGAGCAUCUAGCACCGAUGAUAACAUUCCUAAGUAGAAUUAGUAGACCUAGGCGCGGCCACCGGAGCUGCUGUGCAUUUUAAGCGGGGAAUCGAGGGAAAGCAAAGUAAGAACAAGUUUGCCAUAGUUUGUACAGCUCCUUGGUGGAAGGAAGUACUUGUUUUCUUCUUGUCAUCUGAGCAGCACUUGAUGCUGCUGUAAGUACGUAAGAUUUAUUCCGCCACAGACAGCAAAGGGAUUAGACACAGAUUCUCUACUUACACCGAAUCGACGCGUGGUGCCUUGUGUCGCAGAAUCGAAGUGCUUCUUGGUACGCAGUGUACGUACUAGACGCAGUGUACGUACUAGAUUUACCAUUAUUACUUCUCGUCUUUCCUCGUAUUGAUCCAAAAUACAUACUGUCACCCCAUGCCCUCGUUUCGCGACACUCCCGCCACGACUCGCCUCGCGCCCCACAUGACAUCUUCGUCGACAGCAGGUGUUUCGAGUUCUGUUGCGGACGACACCGGUGCAACUAUGCCAGGAGCAAGUGCGUCCUCCUCGUCUUCCAAGGGCGGAAGUAAAUUUGGCGCCCGGUUUCUGCAAUCCGAGCAGGAGGGGAAGUAUGUGGCGAUUGAAAACUCGCACGAGGUGUUUCAGUACUCCUGGGCGGUGGAGAACCCGAAGGCCGUUCUGUACAUUUCGCACGGCAACACCGAACACGCCGCACGGUACCGCAUCAUGGCCAAAUUUCUGAACAAGGCCGGAAUUUCGGUGUACGGACACGACCAUCUCGCCCACGGGAAGACCGCGGAGCGCGAGGGCUGCGUCCUGGGGGACACCAUGCUUCCGUGGGACCAGAUUCCGAAGGACCUACAGACUCUGUGUUUGCAGAAAGUCGAGGAGUUUAGCGGGGGGAAAAACAGCACUACAGCUGCGAAAAGCGCCAGGAGUAGUGAAGAUCGUGUCCCUGUGUACUUGUUUGGGCACUCCGUCGGCUCGGUCAUCGCGCAAAAAGCAAUUGCAUUGGAUGACGGAAAAUUGAUAUCAGAUGCAAAAGAAGAGAAUCACCAUCAGCAUAUUGGUCUCCAACAACUCGAGCGGAAGAUAUGCACAUUGAUCUCAGCCAUUCAGAAUCAGAAAUUAUUUGUUUGUGCAAACUAGUUUUAGUGCUCUAUGCAAUCACGCUUGGUACACAUCUUAUCAAUAGACCGAGAGCGAUGGUCGUACUGUUGGUGAUUCUAUCUAAAUUGGAUAGUCGGGGCACGCGGUAGACGGACUGAUUCUCAGCGGGCCGGUAUUGACAUGCUUGUGCGUUUUUGAAUACAUCUGUAGUUUAGUUAUGCUAUGGUUUACUUGAACCAGCAGCAGCACCACCUAUGAUAUCAUGAUAGAAAAUUAUCUGGUCAGUGCACCAGAUAAUUUGCGUGGCACGAUUGAAAAUUGAAAUUGAAAAAAAAGGUUUUCCGCCCCGGCUCCUUCGUGCAGACUGUCUUUUCCAUGUUGAAACACACGCUCUAUCAUCUGGAAACUAACCCCCAUGUCUACUUCACAUGUAGCCUUGUCUUUGUCAUGCUGCGUUAUUUGUGAGGACAACAUGAUGUCAGCUUUGUUUUAUCUUGCAACGUUCCAUCAAGUUUAUUUGUACUGUCUCGCUACAACGUUGUCGAGGUCUCAAAGCCGGCUCCCCGCUGCAGUGGCCUGCUCUUUUUGCGUGAGAAAAAGAUGAUCUGUGUAUAGCGAAGGGCAGCUUUUAGUUGAGGGAUGAAUUUUUCCUCAUGAUAUCCUCGGCCCGAUGUUUGGGCAGCACGGUGUGCGUAUCCCGGAGAAAACGACAGGCAGGGGGGCAUAUUUGUAAUGCAAAAGAAAAUACACAAAAAAAAUGUAUUGCGUAUCCCAAACAGCACGCUAUGGGCUCGCCCAUGACAGAUGUUUCUGUGUAUUUCUUUUGGCAUUACAAAUAUGCCGCGCCUGUCUUUUUCUGUGGGAUAGUGCACCCCCGGAUGGAAACCUUCGAGCGGCUGGUCGCGUUUUAUAUCAAAUGUAAAAAUGUCUGGGUCUGGAAACUUGUAAUGCUAAAAAUGAAUGAUAGGCGCACUGCAGUACGCAGCUAUGCAUGGCAAAUUUUUGGGCUGCCAUGUCUUACGUAUUCCGCAUGGCAAACUGCGUUUUUGCAUGACAGGCAAGAGGGCUUUUUCGUGCCUAUGCAACACAGAUUCUCGAGUCAUGCCAGACAAGCAUGACAAACUUGCAUUCUUCCAGACCCAGACAUUUUUACAUUUGAUAUUUUACGAGAGUGCUCAUUUUUUCCCCCUUGCCGUUAAUUGUAUAAGUAGCAAAAAAAGCAAUAGCAAUACAUACACGACCAGCACAAGUGGAGCCUGUGGAUGGUACGUCGAUCAUGCACCUAAAGUCGUAGAAAUGUAGAGUUUAAUAGGCUCCCAAACUUUGUCAUGCAAACACUGCCACAAGACAGCGACUUGAUUUUUACUGAUUUUGCAUGACAAAAAAUCGUCAGGGGGAGGUGUGCACCACAACUGGGAUACUUUUAAUGAAUACCAGUCGGAUUUUAUCCAAGAAAAAAACAUUGUAGGUGUAACUUUCUUGGAGGAUUAGCAUGACAAAUAUCUCUCGCAUGACAGCAAAAACCUGUCAUGCGCAGAUACUAAGUGAAAACACCCUUUAAUGAGCCCUACGAUGCAUGCCAAGCAUGACAGACGCAGUCAGCUUGUAUGUUGCGCAUCACAAAUUUACACUAACAACGUUUUUUUCCUGGAUAGAUUUUAAGCCGAACAAAACGAAUUUCGAUUGGAUCAGCCGCGAAGAGUAUCAAAUGCAAAAAUGUCUGGGUCUGGAAACUUGUAAUGCUGCGUCGGGAAUAGUGAAUGCUCUGUAAUGCACAGCCAAGCAUGAAAAAUAUCUGCGCUCCGUUGUGUUGCUUGUUUCGCAUGACAAACUGCGUUUUUGCAUGACAGGCAAAAGGGUCUCUUCUUGGACACGCAUCGCAACCUUUUUGGUCAUGCCAGACAAGCAUGACAAAUCUCGCAAUCUUCCAGACCCAGACAGUUUUGCAUUUGAUAAAGAGAAGGAGAUAGAGGAUUACAUCGGCGAAAACUGCGGACACAUAUCCAAGAAAAAAACUGUGUAUAGUGUACUAACUUUGUGUAGAAGUUGCAGACGAUGCAAGACAGUUACACCUGUCAUGCUGGACAUGCAUCAGGGGCUCUUUUCGUAUGUCCUCGUGUUUUCACGUACUAAACGCAUGACAGGUUAGUAUUUUCUGUGUCACGCAGAGCAAACACAAACCUGUGAUGCUAUAUCUCCAAGAAUCUUCCAAGCAAGUUACACUUUACACAGUUUUUUUCUUGCAUAACACAACUUGUCUGUGCACUACUGGGCUGGGUUUUUUAGCGCUGUUGGCUCGGUGCAUGAAGAUGAUUUCAGUUCGCUGAACAGCAAGCCUGUGCUUGUCACGCUGGGGUCAGAAGACCCGCUUGCGCGGGAACUCAUCAAGCCGGGGGGUUUGAAGUGGCGGGCUAUCGGGAGGAAAAAUGCCCCCGCUCCAUAUCGAAAAGGUAUGUUUCCGAAAAUUCGUGUUGCUGAUUUGAGACCACAAAUCACGUCUGUCUUGCAAGAAGACAGGCGCAGAGGCUUCCGCGCCAUUAUGGAAGCGAUUGGCCAUGCUGUUCGUUGUGCCUAAGGGGCAGCGGUUUGUAAUGCUAAACAGCUAGACCCAAACGCCCCUACCUAGGCUAAGGAUCUGGCUGCGCUGCCUUACUGCAAGACAGCGCGCAUUUGUGUACGGAAAUCCAGCAUCAGAAACUUCGUGUCGAUAUGGGGAGGGGGGAUUUUUCCUCACAAUACGGGUGUUGCAUCAGUUGAUGGAGGAGUUUCAAAACUGCGAGGAGCUGAAAAUCCUGCUGCACUGCCACGCGCGCCACGAGCCGCACAACGACCGGGGCAAGGAGAGCGUGUUUCAAAUGAUCAGCGACUGGAUUCUGAACACCGCGAAGCUUGCCGGGAACAAUUCAUCCGUCGCGGGGCGGAGCAAGCUUUAGUCGUGUAGUUUUUGUCAAUGUUGUUGACCACGACGUCGAAAAUAAACCGGAACUAGCACUACAACUCGAUGAAAUAAAGUGCAAAUUCGUCCGCGUAAGGGAUAAAAACCUUUCUGAUGAGAGACCACAUAACAAAUUGUCCUUCGUCGAUUUUUUUGGCAGUCGCAACAUUGGUUCUGGAGCUGAUGUGUUUAAAUGAAUAUAGCCAGCACAGGAGCUGCUUAGUUGGUGAACGAAAACGAAGCUGCAAUUCUGCAGCAGCCUUGUCUGCGCUAGUAACGCACAUAGACGUCUUUUUACACACGCUGCGCGGCAUUUUUACGGUCAAAGUUGAUAUGAAUGAAUCAACACGGGAUGUUCAUGUUGAC